AUGGCUGAAUCACUGCGUGGGGAAGCAGGCAGCCUCUGCAAUGCGGAUGUGUGCUUGGCGGAUAACCGAUUGAAUUUAGAUGUAUUUCCAAACAGCAGCAGCCGAUUUUCUGUACUUCACGAAACACGCAAAGCAGAGGUGCAACAGGUUGAGUUUCUGCGACUAAACUGCAAUGACGAGCAAAUUGGUUCAUCGCUUGCUAUCAUUCCUGAACUAAGGAGGCUGAAAUCACUUGUACUGAAAGGUGGCCAUAACAAAGAUGAAUAUGGAGCAUGUCAGCGAGGUCUGGUGGCCACUUUGCCUGUCGAGUUCAGACAUCUCCAGCACUUGACCCAUUUGGAUUUGAGCUUCAACAGCUUUACUUCUGUUCCUGAAUGCGUGACCGAGUUAAAGGAACUAACUGUGCUUCUGCUGUCCCAUAACCAGCUGGCCGCACUGCCCGAGAGCAUUGGCAAGCUGGCAAAACUGACCUUUCUUUCACUGAUGAAAAACAAGCUGAGAGAGUUGCCUGGAAAUAUUGGCGAACUUGUGGCAUUGCAGAAAGCAAAUAUAUCUGAAAAUGAACUGGAACAGCUUCCUGAUGAGAUUGGAAACCUCCUCAACUGUGCACAGUUAGACCUUUCAGGCAAUAGAUUAACAACCAUACCGUCUUCACUCGCAAACCUGAAAUCUCUUGGGGAAUUGUACCUACACAGCAACCAACUUGUAACCGUCUCAACCUCCCUCGCUCAUCUUCCCAAAUUGUCCAGACUUGACCUCCAAAACAACAGCUUGCGCUCUGUCCCUGCGGAGAUCCAGAAUUUGCCCUAUGUGAAUUUAAAAGGCAAUCCAAUAGGGGAGGCAGAGUCCCCAGAAGAAAAAGGCUGUGCCAAACCCAAAGAUAUCCCAGUCCGAUACCUCUCCUCCAAUGCAGACAGCUUCAUUGUGACCACGGAAGGCUGCAAGGUUGUGUUACCCUGCGGGAUUGAAAUCCACUUCCCACCUGAUUCACUUUCUCUGGCAGUGAUCACGUGCAGAGUGACUUCCCCUGACCCACAGCAGGUGAAACUAAGGCAUCAUGACUUCUUACUGAGCCAGGUCCUGGAACUUUUACCACAUGGGGUACAGUUUGAAAAGGAAGUACUCAUCAGGAUGCCGUACAUUCCUCCUCAUUCUGACCAUCGAAGGGAAGUUGUGAUCCGAACAUUCAGUGACAGCUGGAGUGACCUGGAUACUAAGGUGUUUGAGUCGCAAUAUGUGGCCUGCUGCAGCGUACUCCAUUUCUCUUGGUUCCUUGUCAUUUCUCGACUGAAGGAGAAUAAAUGUACCGUCCCCCAUGAGGGAACCAGACUGUUCUCCUCGGUGGAUCCUAACAUCAAGGUGACCUUUCCAGCUGGGGCGGUGACUGAGUCUCGCAGGGUGAAGAUGCAGGUGUUGCCAGUUGUUGCAGAGGAAUUGUGCGAUCUUCUCCAGGAUCAGGAUUCAGUAGCAAGCCCUUUGCUCUGUUUGUCACAGAAUACAACCGACAACUUCCUGAAACCAGUCAAGAUUCAGCUUCCAUUACCACGUGGGGUCACAGGUUUGAAUUUGGACCGUUCCAAAUUGCACUUACUUCAUGGGGAUCCAGAUGUCCAGAAAUGGAAGGACAUUACAAAUCAGGUGGUGCUGGAAUUCACUCACUGUUAUGCCCUUUUUGAAGUGGACCAUUUCUCAUGGUACUGGUUGUGGUACACAACUAAGACAUAUGUUGGUGGUAUCGCUAAAAAAGUAUACGAACGCUUGCGGAAGUGGCAGGUCAACUUUGUGGUGCUGCAGAGAAAGAAGGACCCAGAGCAAAUUUUCCUGCAAUGUGUCCCUAAACACAAGGUUGAAACUGUUUGCAAGAAGUUGGAGACCAGGUAUCGUGGCCCUGAACCAUCCGAUAUUGUCGAAAUGUUUGAAGGGGAACAGUUUUUUGCUGGAUUUGAAAAAGGGAUUAAAAUUGAUUCAGAUCGACCAGACUGUGUAGAUGGAAGGAUUGGGUUCACCUUUUACUCACAUCUGAAGAACAGUAAGGAGGUUUAUGUCUCCACUGAAGCUGACAGAAAAACAAAAGCUGUGAAAGGACAGGUUUCCUUUUACAGAGGAUCCUUGCCAGAAAAUAUUCCCGAGGAAGCUGCUAAGAAGCGAAAAGGCCCUGAUUCGAUGUGGCUGGCCACUUUGCCAAUCAAAUUGCCUAAGCAGAAAUCAAGACUUCACAAUGAACCCAGAACGGAUCCAUCCUAUCCACCAUUAAAUCUAGGUGAUGAAGAAACUGGCUACCUCACAGAAGCUAAUCUUUUGAGUAUUGCAAGAAGAAUUGGGCCGGAAUGGCAGAGUAUUGGUAUCAAUCUCGGUUUAUCCUAUUCACAACUGGAAAGAAUAGGAUAUAAUCAUAGGGACGACCUGGACAAGCAAAUCUUAGAGAUGCUCUUUACAUGGGCCCAAUGCAAUGAGAGUGUACCAGGCUGCAUCAGUCAACUGAUUCAAGCAAUGAAGAAGAGUGAUCGCGAAGAUAUUGCAGAAGAAAUACAUUGUAUUAUUGAACUUGGCAGGCGGAAAUAUCAUGAUUCCAUUCGUCGAGUAGGGCUGAGCCAAGAAAGCAGUAAUGAAGAUUCAGCUAUAGCAAUGGUAUAACCUGGAAGAUAUCGCUCCAUUGGAAAAUAAUGGAUAUGAACCCUUUCUGUGGUGUUUGAAGAUAGGGAGGUUUUAUCCUGUUUUAGACUUACGUUUUUGCUGGUUGAGCGAUGCCCUGGGGGACGAUGAACUCUUGACAACAUUGUUCAGGAAAUGAUGCCAUGUAAUUAACUGAGGCAGAGUUCAUUCCACAUAAAUGUCAAGACCACUGUGAUUGUUUUACAGAGGAAUACAGAGAAAGCCAACAGGAUUUGAUAGUAAAACCAAUCAUUUUGCGGUGAUGUGCAAUAUACAAUCUUAUUUCAGCCAGUGAUGUGCAAUUUUCUUCCAUGCAUGUUACCCAGAGAUAGCAUACUUUGCAUUUAAUCUACAGCGUUUAGUGAACUCCCCAAGUUGACAGAUGGUCAUAUUACAUUGAGGAAUUAUACAGUGUAGAAACAAGACGUUUGAUAAUUAAAUCCGUACAAGUUGUCUUCCACUAAUUGAGAUGCCUAGCUAUUUGCUACCCUUGCAUCUUAAAUCUGGGAAAUAGAGUAAUUUGCCAUUUAGGCAGGAUCACCAAGCCUCACCAGUGGUGAACAUGUAUUGGAAUUCCUAUGCAAUACCCAGCUGGUGUGUGCAACCAUUUACAACAGCAAUGAAAAGAAAUCGGAUACAGGUGGGGAGCCCUACAAUACCGGUCAGUUUCUGGUUCUUUGCAAAGCAGUAAUGUUUAUCAGCUUCUGUGCUAAAGUUUAUAUUGUUUUGAUGAUCUUGGUCCCUAUUACUUGGCAGGCUCACAUAAAGUGAACUAAAUAGAAAGCCAAUAGCCUGGUAUUAUGAAGUAGGAUUCCUCAAGGUACCAGUGGCAGUUCCUAUUCAGCUCCAACGUUGUACCAUCUUCCCAAACCUAUUUUUUUUUCUCAUUUUUAUCCUUUUUGUCUGCCACAUUGAGUUAAUUUGACAACUGGGGAGCUUCUUUUUUAAACUUUGACAAACUUAGCUACCCAUGGAGCACUGUUAAAAUUUACUUCAGAUCAAUUGCAGGGUUUUGUGAAAGUUAUAAUUAGUAUUGGCAUUCAGAGAGAAGAAAGCCAUUAAACUAGGAACAAAUAUUUGUUUCUUUGUUAGAAGUUACAAGUGCAUGCAACAGCAUGGACUAUUCACUUCUAAUAUAGGAUAGUAUGCAAUACUUUGUCAUUCUGAAGUGUAUGCAGCAUGGAAGCACACACCAUAGAGUGUACAGUACAUGUCAGUUCAAACACAUGUCAUACUAUUCCAUGGGGCUAAAGCUAUUAAGCUCAUAAUGAUAUGCAGAUGUUUGAAAUGUUCUCUUCAUUUAACUCUGUGUGUGUGUGUGUGUGUUGAUGUUCUGUGUUCAUGUACAGCAAUUUGUUUUGCACUGAUCUUUAAUGUUUUUAACAAAGAUUGCACAGAGCUUAGGAGUGUAAUUUGUAAAUGUCUUCUUGUUCAAACAUAGCCUCUUCAUGCUAAUGCAGUUUGGAAAAUAUUAGACCAAGAGGGUUGUACAGUGAGUCAUAAGCAGUGGGUAAUCUGGAAUUCAUUUAUUCAAAAAUGAAUGCAGGAAUAUGAAUGUGGAUUGCCUCCUUCUUCAAAACAAACUUAAUUUUUCAAAUAUGGAAAAUUAGUAAUAACUUCUUCCUCUUUUGGGAAAAGUGUAUGUGAGCAAAAUACAGUCAGUUAUAAACAUUAGAGUAAUCUGAUGUAGCCACCUACAGCCUAUCAGCUGUUAGUUCUCUCAGUAUAAAUCAGCAAGUGAGUGACAUAUUUGAGGGGAUAGUUGGUAUCACAGCCUCUCAAGUAAGUUCAGAAAACUGAUUAAGGCUGUCCAGCACAAUGAUAUAUUGCUCCUUUGGAUACGACAUUUUUCAGAGUAGUUGUGCAGAAACUUCCAGACCAGUGGGAGGCAGGACAGCCUGAUAAUGAAGUGGGUUGAUGACAAGACCUGUAUCCAGUGCCUUUCCUCCUCCAGGGGAGGGGCUGGUUAGAGGGCUCCCUGACCUGCACUAUCUAGUGCAUCAUUGAUGGCAUGGACACGUCAAGAGAGCCACAACUCUGCCUUUGCUUCUGGCCCUCAUGACUCCCCACUCGCUGCAAGCUCUCCACAACCUGUGAGAUCCUAGCCCUGGCAACACGUAACUUCUCCCUGGAUUGAUGCUCAACUCUGAGGCUCCAGCAGAUAUUAUACUAGCAGCAGCCAUGGUCUACCCCAUGGCAAUGGAAUGCUAGAGCUGCCAGCCUCUGAUUUGCCAGUGGAACAUCGUAUCCCAAGGUCCUCAAUUGGGAUGAAGGUCCUCUGUUAUCUUCUUAAGGACCUGAUGGGCAGGAGAUUUGAGAGGCUACCCUGUAGAGAAUGAACAUGUGUGUCUUGCUGCUUUUUCAGGCAGCACACCAGAUGCCCAUCACACGCUCAAGAUUUAUCCUAAUAAAUGGUUUUGGUAUUUACUAUACAGGAGUAUCUACCACUCUUCCAAUUAAAGAUUUUGCAACAACAAAAAGCAAAUAGCAACAUAGAAAAUAGCUGCAGGAGUAGGCCAUUCGGCUCUUCAAGCCUGCACUGCCAUUCAAUAUGA